AUGAUAGUUAUUCAAGCAACUGCUGAAGUUGCUGCAACAACUACAAUAAUUAUUGCAGCAAAAAGUGAGGUGAAGAAGGAGUCGGUGAAGGAGAGGGUGGUUGUGACGGCAGAGGUGGUGUUGAAAAUGGUGGUGACAAUGAAGGAGGAGGCGAUGGUUGUUGCGCCGGUGGUGGUGAAAAAAAAGCAGGAUGUGGUAAUUGGCGGAGAAGGAAGAAGAGGAGGAAAUGAUGGUGGUAGAGUAGUAAGAAGAGGAAGGGGUAGUGGUGAUGGUGAUGGUGAUGGAGGAAGAGAAGGAGGUGGUGGAGGAAUAAGAGGAAGAGUUGGUGGUGACGAUAGAAGGGAGGGGACGCAAAAGGUUGGGGAGGGGGGAGGGGGGCUUGGUAGGAUCGGGAAGAUAGCACAUUUGUGUAAAUAA